UAUUUAUAUUGGGAACAUGUCCUUUUACACUACAGAAGAGCAAGUUUAUGAGCUAUUCUCUCGAGCUGGAGAAAUUAAAAAGAUAAUCAUGGGUUUAGACAAGAACACAAAAACUCCUUGUGGCUUCUGUUUUGUGUUGAUUGUUGAACUAUCCCCUAUUCGCUGGAUUGUAGUGAUGCAAUCAUAUCAGAGCCAUCAGAUCAAGAGCAUCAAAGGAAUCAAGAAUUGUAGCUCAAACUGAUAUGGAUUGAUUACAUAUUGUCUCAGCUCUUGUAAAGUAGUUACAACUACUUUCAGUUAUGUAAUUAGAUAUAGUAUAUAUACAUUCGGUUAUAUAGCUAGAUAUAGAAUAGAUAUAUAAACUCUUGAUUUGUAUAAAUAGAGGACUCUGUACUGAAGAUUAAAUCAUCAAAGAUAUUUUUGCUCUUCUAUAUCAACGUCUUCAUGGUAUCAGAGCACUCUAACUCCAAUGAGUUAAGCUCCUUCAAGGUCCUUCAAUGGUGUCCUCUGUCACAACAGUAAUGGAAUCUGCAUCUCUAUCACUUCCAGCAAACCUUGCCCUUCUUAUCAACAAUCUGAAUUCGUUUGUCACAAUCAAGCUGGGUUCUACAAAUUAUUUGAUCUGGAAAAGUCAAUUUCAAAACAUACUUCGAGCUACAAAUCUUAUUCACUACAUUGAUGGUUCUUCUCAAUGUCCUCCUUCACUGAUUCAUGAUUCUAAUGGCAAAGAGAUCACCAACCCCGAAUUUCUCACAUGGAAGCAAGUUGAUUCUCAUCUGUUAAGUUGUAUAACUGCAACUUUAACUCCUGUUGUGUUUACAUCAGUUCUUCGAUGCUCCACAAGUUAUGAAGUCUGGACUCUUCUCACUAAAAGGUUCACCUCUUUGUCCAGAUCGCAUAUUCAUCAACUCAAGAACAAACUCAAUGAUGUCUCCAAGAAAUCCUUAUCCAUGGAAGAUUAUCUACUACAGGUCAAAACAGUAUCAGAUCAGUUAGCUCUUGUUUCUUCUCCUAUUGAGGAAGAAGAUCUAAUUCUCAUUGUCUUGAAUGGACUUCCCACAGAAUACAAUGCUUUAAAGACGGCAAUAAGAGCAAGAACUGAACCAAUCACCAUGUUAGAUUUGUCCUCUCUUUUGUGCUCCGAAGCUUUGCAUGUUGAAUCUGAAAUAAAAGUGUCUUCUUCUCUGUCUGAUCUCACUGUUGCAUAUUCUGCUACCAAAGAUCAAGGCUCUAAAUCUCAAUGCAAUUCUGGAUUUCGGGGACACAAAUACUCCAAUUACAGAGGAGGAUCAUCUACUAGAGGUGGAAGGUAUGUUCAUAGAGGACAUUUCAAUCAUAGAGGUGGAGGAAGAUCUGCAUUUUCAUCACAUUCUUUCUCACAGCAGCCAAAUCCCCCUCCUAAUUCUUUGAUCUGUCAAAUUUGUGGCAAGCCUAAUCACACAGCCAUAGACUGCUGGUGUAGGAUGGAAGCAUCUUCAUCUUCUUCCUCUGCCCCAAAACUUGCCUUUAUUGCUAAUGCUUCUACCUCUUCUCCAUCUGCCAGUUGGUAUGUUGAUUCUGCAGCCAUAACUCAUGUUACUCCAGACCUUAAUAACAGGCAGCAAUAUCAACCAUACCAUGGUUCUGACCAUGUAACUGUGGGCAAUGGCCACUCUAUUCCAAUUCAAAAUACCGAUCAAGGACAAGACUACUCAGAUCCCUCUAUACAAAGGGGUCCAUAGUCAUGGUCUAUAUCAACUUCCAUCCACAUUUUCUUCUCCAAAGUCUUCUCUUCAACAACAGUCUCCUUCAUCUCCUGUUGCUUGUCUUGCCACCAGUCCUGCUUCCACUACAGUUUGGCACACAAGGCUAG